AAUUGUUUAUACAUGUUUAUUUCGGCAAUAGUAAGAGCGGGGACCACAUGCUAAUGAAACAUAGGGAAAAGAAAUAUGGAGUAAAAUCGAACGCACUAUAUGUACUUUGUUGGAUCUGAUAGUGUCAUACCAGCUGAAGGAAGUAAAUUGAGCGAGGUUAGUCAUUGCGGUACAUUCAUUGGAAAUCGAGCAAUAGUUAAACAGUUUUUGUGCAACGUGAGUCGCCUACAGUCAUGACCAACCUGGUGCUCAGUCUUCUGUUGCUCACUGCUGGUUGCGUAGACUCGCGCCGCAACAAAGUGUUGCUAGUCUCUAUGGAUGGUUUCCGUUGGGACUACGUGAAGUCGAUACCAACUCCAAACUUAGACCGUUUGGCUGGAUUGGGAACCCGGGCCGAUUAUGUAAACAACACGUUUUGUACGAAGACUUUCCCCAGUCAUUUCAGUGUGGCUACAGGUUUGUACGAGGAGAGCCAUGGAAUUGUGGGAAACGUGAUGUAUGAUCCUGAAUUUGAUGAAACGUUUUCUCCGAGAACCAAGGACUCGAAGUGGUGGAAUGGCGGUGAACCGAUCUGGAUCACAGCGGUGAGGCAGGGAUUAAAGAGUGCCACCUACUUCUGGCCCGGAAGUGAGUCAGAAAUCCGGGGUCUACGACCAACAAAAUAUAAGACGUAUUCAAAUGUGGAUGUCCGGAUUCAGAUCGACACCGUUACUGAUUGGUUAAAAGGUGAUAUUGACCUCGCGGUCAUGUACUCCCCACAACCUGACAAGGCCGGACAUACGUACGGACCGAAUUCACAAGAACUUCGGGAAAAAGUCCAGGAAAUGGACCAAGCGCUGGGGUAUCUCCUGGAUAAACUGGAAGAAAAGAAACUGACCUCUGUAGUGAAUCUCAUUUUAACUAGUGACCAUGGCAUGACAGAAAUUGAUUUCCAAAAGAAAAGAAUAGAGAUCGCGUCGUUAGUAAAUAUUAGCAACAUUGUAAGACGAUCCGACAGAGGGCCGCUUAUGCACAUUACCCCAGUAGAGGGGGAGCUGGAGACUGUGUACGCAGCACUCAACAGAAGCGACAAAAUGACCGUGUACAAAAAAGAUGAUAUCCCUGAAUUCUGGCACUAUAGAAAUAAUAGGCGGAUCAUGCCUCUUUUAUGUGUGGCGGAAGAGGGAUGGUCUGUGCUGUGGGACAAAGAUGACCUAAUUAACCACACGGACCGGGGGAACCAUGGAUACGACAACCGACUGUCAUCAAUGAAGCCGCUGUUCUUUGCGGCCGGCCCAGAUAUCCGCCGCAACUACACAAUUCCACCUUUCCGGUCCGUGGAUAUCUAUUCACUACUGUGCACUCUCCUAGAGGUCAGUCCCGCACCAAAUAACGGAAGUUUUGAACGAGUGCGCAGCUUCGUGGUAAAACAACACACUGCCAGUCUUACGCACAACAGAACGUGUUUGCUAUCUAGUCCAAUACUACUUGUGUUUGCUUCUUUGUUGUUAAGUGUUAAUUGUUUAUUAAAACAUAUAUAGGAAAAUCUAAUAUGAACUAUAUGGCUAUCUAAUGCUUCCAUACAUGACAUUUUUAAUGAUUUCGGUUUAGAAUUUAUCUUUUUUUCGAAAUGAAUUAUUAUGCUAUAAAAUCUUAAUUAUCAUAAAGUUAAAGGUUUACACCUAAGGCUGUUGACCCACUGUAGAGAAGAGGAAAAAAAAUGAGUUACAUGACUGGCUGAAAUCAAGAAUAAAAUUGUUCUUAACUUAAAAGAAAAUAUAUUAAAUGCUUGCAUUGAUUAAAUAAAGGGUGAUAUUUACUGCG